AGAUACAAAGACACAGGUUUUAUAGUUAUUGUUUUUCAUUGAUUUCUGAUUGAAAUGGCUGAGUCUGCCGACUCUGGUGAGGAUAUAAAGAAAAAGAAGAGAGAACGAAAAUAUCAUCAUUUUAUGCCGGAAAACGACAGUGGAGAGGAAGACUCAGAAAAAUCGGAUUUUUUACCCAACAGUAACACACCCAAGCAGUCACAGCAUGGCAAGAAGUCAAAACCAAAGCUUUUUAAAAAACCUUCAUUCUCAAAAGGCAAGCAUGGAAAGCGUGGAAAGAUGACUGACAUUAUGACUUCACCUUCUGAAGAACCAUCACCAAUGCAAAACAGAGACAGAGCGCGAGAAAAGGAAAUGAGAGAGAAUAAGAAGAAGGCAGCAAGUCUGCCGAGAGACCUGAAAGUUUCUUUCAGGGAUAAAAAAGAGAAGACCAAAACAAAGAAGAGGAUUACCUCAUUCCCCGCUCCAACAGAAGAAACAUUGGAUGAGAAAGAAGAAGUUGAAGUUUUGAACCCGAUAUUUGGUAAAAGCUUGGAAGAAGCAGUGACAAGGACAGGCUACCAUGAUGGUGUUCCCCUGCCAGCAGUGGUGCGCGAAUGCAUGGAUUUUGUGGAAGAGCGUGGCAUCACUGCUGAGGGAAUUUACAGAAUCUCUGGGAUCAAAACGAAAAUUGACGAACUUACUAAAAUCUACAAUAGGGAAGAAACACCUGAUUUGAGCAAGUAUGAACCUCAUACCGUGGCUGGUGUUCUUAAAUCUUACCUUCGUGAGUUGCCUGACCACAUAUUAACCCAACAGUGUAGUGUCAAGUUUGAAGAAGCUGCAACUAAGCAUUCUAAGCAGGAGAAAAUACAAGGCUUCCGAGAUCUCCUCUCUAAACUCCCGGACUGCAAUCGAAUCCUUGUAUCAUGGCUGAUCCUCCACUUUGAUCAGAUCAUUAGACACGAACAACAGAGCAAGAUGACCAUACAAAACAUCUCCAUUGUCCUCAGUCCUACUCUACACAUCAGUCAUCGUGUUCUUAAUGUUUUCUUUUCAUAUUGCAAGGACAUAUUCAGUGGAGUAGAACGAAAGAAAUUGAUAAAACCGAUGAGAUGGCCCGACUGGGACACCACACCAAAUUUCCCCAGUGAACCAUCAGAAGUUGAAGCUGAAAUAAGAAGACAGGAGUUUCUUCUUAAUCGCCUGCAUUCCUUACUUCAGGCAGGUUGCAAAGAUAGAAGGAAAGAUGAAAGACUGUGGGAAGUCCAAAGGAUUCUUACACAAUUGAAACGAUUGCAUAAGAAUUUCCAACAUCAACAAUCUCAAACUAAACUUAACAACUUAACUCUCGAAAGAAGAAAGCAACAAGGUUCAAGUCCUGGCAACAGAAGUCAAAAGUCCGAAACAGCAGUUGCGUCUGAAGUUUUUCCUGAUGCAGAGAAUGCAUCAGAUGAUCCCGAGAUUCAUGUGGAUGAGGAAGUUGAUGAUGAAUAUGAUCCUGAUGUCAUACAACUUCUCCUCGAGCAAGAGCGUGAGGCACUAGUGGAGCAGGAAGAACUGUUGGUGAUGCAACAAGAGUUAACAGCUCGAAUACAAUCAGAACAGGAAGAAGUUAACAGACUCAAAGGCAUCUUGGCUGACUUUGAAAAUCAAAAUCAGCAUCUUGAAUCAACAUCAAUUGCAACAGAAUCCUCAGAUGAUAUUUUAAGCGUGGAGUUACACGAGGAAACUGCAGAUGUCACUAAUGAAGGCCUUGAAGAACGGAGCAGUUCGGAAGAUUCAGAUGAUGAAGCUGAGCUUGAGGAGCUAUGUAGGAUCCGGGAUGAACUCCUCAGAGCAAACCGUGAUGUUGAGAGGAAGAAUGAUGCUCUGAACCUCUCCAUCCAUGAUGAGCGUGAGGCAGUGGUUGAAGCUCGUGUCCGUUUACGCUGCAUGAUGUAUAAACAUCAGCAAGCUAUUCUAGAAGAUUCCGCAACAAUUACUGUGACGUGAUCUGUAAACUUCUUAAAAAGCUUUUGCUUUCCAACCCUUUGGUAACCAUUUGGAUUUACCUGCUAGUGCAAAUUGGUGCAUCUACUAUACAUAUCCUUCAAAUAUAUUGGUUCUUAGUGCUAUUGGUUGCCAGGAUUUAGUGCGUUUAUGCAAACGUGUGGGCGAAGAUUAAGUGGAGAUCAAAACCAUGGUUCUUUGGUUAAAAUAUUUAAUGUAUUUGUUACGAAAUUUUGUUCAUUGUGCAAUUGGUUAUAUUUUAGUCUCGAUUAAGACAGUAUGUCAUAUAUACACAUAACAUUAAAAUGUUUCAUGCGUUGUGUAACAUUAAUGGGCUUUAAUCGUUCAAUGGCUUGGCUUUUGUUAAAUUUGCAAUAUUAAGUCUGUUGUGUUUGUAGCUUUUUUAGUAUUAAAUGUAUGUGUUUCUAAUCACUAUAUUGUUUUGGAAAUAAGUACAUGAAAAAAAUACAACGACAGUAAAUGUA